AUGUGGGCUUCCCUGCUGCAACAUUGUGUAGAUGAGGUGGCGAUGGACGGUGAAGCAGGCUCGCAUGUCGACCGCCUCUUCUCGUUUGCCGAGGCUUAUUGUGCUACCCUGCCUACCGAUGCCCAACCAGUCUGGGACGAUGCUUAUCGAGCAUGGGUAUGGCGACAAGUUCUGCAGGAUGGACGCCUAUUCGUAGGCGUAGCGUCCAAAGAGCCUGCUUCCAUGUCGACAUCCACCACUUCUGCCUCCCCUAAAGCCCCACGGACUUCAAUCUUAGGGAAAGGCAAGGCAAGCAACAAUGCACUCGCAUCGUCUGCCACGCCUACACCACUGAAAGAUACAGAACUCCAAAAACCCCUCUCUUCUUUGCAAGACACUUAUGGGGAAGCAUUGCGAGUAUACAUGUCGGCGGAUCAUGUUCGUCGUGUGCUGACAGGCUCCGAUGCGCCGUUUGUCUCUGCUGCUGCCUACGAUGCUUUGCAGCGAGUCUGUCGUGCACGCUCCGCUGGUCUCACCGUAGUGGAGCUGGGUGCGCAAACCCAGUACGAUCAAAAAACCGUGUACUAUCUUGUGAAAACCCUAGUCGAACGGCACCUUGUCGUCAAGUUUGCCGCACCAGAAAUGGGACAUGUCUCCAAUUAUGUGGUAGCCAAGCGUUAUUUGGCCGACAAUCCUCAGUGGCGCGCACAGCAAGCGGCUGAAGCUCCUUCCACGGCAUCGGACAACCCAGACGCUUCCUCCGCGGUGGGCGAGCCUACGUUGGUCGACGUGGAGCGUCUGUCCGCCAUGGCUGCGAUGGACGCCGCGGAUGAGGCAGAGGACGUAUCGGAGACUACGGCCUCUGCGUCUACGGCCCCCACCGCCUCUCUAGCAUUGCCUCCUGCUCUUGAUCCGCAUGAUCAUGCCAUGCUAGCCUUUCCUCUUCUAAGUGAAGAGCAGAGCUCCGUGUGGCUUCACAGUCGGCAGGCGUUGCUUACGAAGCGGCUGAUUCGUCUCUUGCAAGCCUCUACGUCUCAUAUGACACCUCGCCGAUUCUUGGAAGUCCGUCUUGGUUUACGUCGUGUGCCGACGUUGCGCCGCGGCUUCCUUGCCUUUUUGAAUCGGCACAUCGCCUCUGGCUUGAUUGAACGUGUACGUGUCCAGUUUCCUUCCACUACGCCCUUGUAUAUUCGUCUCACGGAGCGGUCCUCAGACACUCCUUCGGAUACCCAUGCACCAUCGUUGCCAAGCGGCGAUGCCACCCCCACCACAAUGGCGUGCACAUGGGAUGCUCCGCUUGAGGCACAGCUACUGCGCCAUAUUGACGAAACAGGUGCCUCCGGGUGUACCAUGCAAGAGCUAGCAGAAAAAUUUGCGUUCUCUGCUGAAGUAAAGCGGAUGGUCGAGCAUAUCUUGGCGCGGCAAGUGCCCUCAGGCGCACCGCCCUACCCUGCGUUAGCUAUUUGCGCUCCUUUUGAGCAAGCAGGUCGUGAACGACGAAUUCGCUACUAUACGGCCCGUGGGUUCGAAGCGCAUUGCCAAGCAGAGGGACUCUCGAUGACCACGGCGCUGGGGAUCACGGGAGGAACGGCUCCUUCGUCUGUUUCAUGGAUAGCCGUGCCUGCCUGGCUCCCUGGGGAGGCGUUCUUUGCAUCCGCUGAUGAGUUGCAGGAUACGAUGCAGCGUGUACAGCAGAAUACCAUCGGCUUUUUCCGCGACAAGGCUGGCCCUGUCUCGUUGCGCCCGCCCAAACGAAAGGCGCCUAUUGAUCCUACUACCGGCAAAGCGAAGCGGGGUCGUCCACGAAAGAAUGCCCCACGGCCCUCUGAGCCAACGCCAGAGCCUGUCACGGAAAAGCCUGAGGAAGAGCCGGAUACCAAGCAAGAAGACACGUCCAUGGCCAUUGAUCCUGCCGUGACUGAAGGAUGGCAAGUAUUCCAACCUGUGGCUACCCGUUCUAGCGACACACGCGCCAAUCUCAGUGCCUUUCAGCGAAGUACCCUUUUGGCGCAUGUCGUCGAAUUUGCUGGCGGUGCUUUGGACGAUAUUGAUGUGCCGCGACGGACUCGCGCAUAUCUAGCGUCUCAGGCCAAUUCAGAUGCAAAUACACAGGCAGGCGGCGAUCUCGCGGAUCGGUCUACACGUACCAAGGCCAUUGCCCAUGCGGAGCGUCGUGGGCUGUUGCGUACACUAAAAGUCGCUCGACCUGAUGAUGGGCAAAAGCCACGUACGAUUUUGCAUCUGGCUUCCUUGCAAGGCGCCGCACUUCAAUCUGCUGUCGAAGCUGCCUUUACUACCACAGAGUCACGAGGCGUGGUUACGCAUGACGAUGUACUGGCCUCUCAUGCAGGGCUUGCGGCCCCGGCUUUGCCGCCCACGAUGCCUUGGGCCGAUUCCACGCCCAUUGUGUACGGGAAAGACGAUCCUCUAGAUGAUCCUGCUACGCAACAUGCGUUUGCCAAGCAUACGCAUGUCUUGCGGCAAUACUAUGGCUUUGCUCAUGGCAGUGCUGCACGCCUUAUGCUCUUUUUGGACAGUGCAUGGACAGCCGCUCACACGGAUGGCACCUUCUCGCUCCAGUGGUUUGUGACAGAGUCUCCUCUUACGACGUUUGUGGCGCUUGUGCCUGUACGCUUGCGCUCCCCUAGUGUCGUGCGGGCAGUGACGCAGGCACGCACAACGACGUGUGUACAGGAUGUGCCACCAUCCGUGGCGCGUCGGCUGGGCUUGAGCCCUACUCGUACACCGACAGCACGACUGGCUACCUAUGCUCAGCAGCUGUGUGAAUUGGGGCUGUGCACCCCUGUAGCACACGAAGAGGAAGACAAGGCACCGACUUGGCGCCUUGUUACUUCGGUGCCUCAUCCAGAUGAGCCUGCGACACCUCUCUCGCUCUCGACGCAUGAAGCACGUGCUGCAUACUGGGCGACCCUCCGAGCGCACAUUGAGCGUGACCGGUCCUCAUCCCUUGCCAAGCCCUAUCUUACUGCGCCGCAUGCAUGGCAGACCGACUUUCUCUUGCGUGGGAUCCAAAAAGCGUUCUUACGAAGGUACACACUUCCCGGCGGUGCACGUCCACCCAGCGAGGCGUACGAGCGAGUGGGGCAUGUAGUCUUUGCCCCCACCAGUGUCAUUGAGGCCUACUUUGAGGCACGUUCGCGUACGGGUCCUUCUGCUACGGAAACCAUCGCUCGCAAAGUCGAAGCACGUCGUGCCGCCCGCGCGACAGAGUGGGCCAAUGCCUGGGCGGCCGUGUGUGCGGAGAGGCCCCUGCCCUCAGAAAUUCCACGCGCCGUUUCCCAACUGGAAGAGCGAUACGUGGCAAGCCGCGAGGCAUGGGCGCCGGCACUGCUUCAGCAGCGUCUUACUCGAGCCCUGCAAGGCGGCAGCACAGCUCAUCGGACACCUGGUGAGCGCAUACGUGUGCGACGCUCACGUCGUGCUAUUCAAUGGACAGCAGCACACCAAGUACGCCUAUGCCAUGCGUACGUGAUUCUCCGUGAACGACAGCGUGCAUGGCAUGCCUGGCACCUAUCGCAAGGGGCGCCUCCGCCCCCCGAUGACUGGUCGGCGCUAGCACAGCUUGUGGACGAUGAUGGUGAAGAUGGCGACGCGCCUUCGGCAUGGACGACAUGGCGUGUCCGACGACAACAGCUAUCUCGAUCGCCGCCUAUGUUGAGCCGGUUGGCCUCCGUGGAGCGUGUAUGGCACCGUUUUGCGCAAGAAGCUCGACGGGAUGGCCGCCUUGUGGAUCCUCACUGGCCUCACCCCUCGUCGCUCGACUUGAAAGCGCAUUUAUCUUUGUUUGAGGCGAACAUCGAUGCGGAUGAAAUCGCAAAGGCCCAUGCCAAGGCGGUAGCACGUAUUGUUCUUCCUCUUACUUGGACCGAGCGUGAUGCGGAGGCCUGGGUCAGCACGGCCGAGGCCAUUCCUCCCCUGUCAUGGCCGAGCGAGAGUGCCCCGAUGGUACACCGAUUGGAAGCGCUGCGCCAGCGUGCAUGGACCAUGCGCAUGCUACCCUCAGCGGUAGCAUCGUUGCCCAUUCUCUCUUCUAUCGCCACGGCCUGCGUCCACAUGCUUGUAACACGUCCUCUAUCUCGGGAUGCUAUGCGUCAAUGGACGCAGGCAGGCACUGCGGCGUUUCCCCAAGCGUUGGAAAGUGCUAUGGACGCUAUGCUAUCGCAACGCAUUGUGCGCUGGCUCGAUGAUAUGCUGGUGUAUACGGACGAAUAUGUACGAGCAUGGACUUCAGCAUGGCCCAUGGCUGACGAUGCCUAUGCUGCGUAUGUGCAAGCAAGCCAGCAGACUUCGAUCACCGCGCACCCUGCUGCCUCCGAUGGUGCGACGGCUGCAUGGAUCGCGAUGCUCGAAGCAGGCGAAGUGCAUCCCACACUCGAUAUGGGACCUUUGCAUGCACUACGACGACGGACAAAGUUAAAUGCACGGACUCUUGAUGAUAUCGAGACGGAAUGCCUUGUGACAUUGACGCCGACAUCGGCUAUGCCACAUGGGAACACAUCCCUCCCUGCGCCCCCCUGUGGGCCGGCACCGACCUUUGAGACGUGGAAUCCUGAUGCUGUUCCACCUGCUUGGACCACAUGUCUAGAGGAGGCGGGUGCUGAGGGCGUUUGUGUCUCCUCGCUGGAUGUGACUUGGCUUGCCCAGCAUCCCAUCCCGACGAGUGUUCUGCGCCUAGGGUACGAUACACCGCGUCUUGUGCAUCCAAAGUUUGUCGAGGCAUGGUCGUGUGCGUCACUGGAUAUGUCGACAGCACAGCAGCGUGUAUGGCCACGACCCUGGUACGAUGCGUAUGGUACGCUACAUACCAAGGUAUGGCAGCAGCGCUAUGUUUCUGUACUGGCCUACAUCCAUCAGCACCCUGGCGUGACCCUGGCUACGCUUCACACGUCUAUGGCGCCAUGGCUGGACCGACUGGCACUCCUCGACGUGGUACAUGUGGCGGUGAAGGAAAAAGCGGUCCAGGUCCUAGUGAACCCGUCUACGUCUCUGGAUUGGGACGUGACAGCGCCGGAGGACGUGGCCCUGCACCCUGGCGCGGCACGUGCGUUAUGGACAGCGCAGGUGACCGUUUCGGCGUAG